AGGAAAUGGAACAUGAACACUCAGACUACACAACAUUUUUGUCCCUCACGAUGUUCACUAUGUCAGAUUAAGCAGUUAUCUUCGCUUUGUGUCGUUCUCGGGGGACUGGCAACACUACACGAUAGUAACCAAAUAAUCAUCGCCGGCGUCCUUGCGAGAGUUCGUAGGUCAUCGCGGCGGAGAGGCAUAGAAUCUGACGAUCAUCAAUCCUGGCCACAGAAACGCUUUGCGUGAUGGAUGCGCUUUUGUGCUCAGAAAAACGCAAAAAGAAGAGGAAGAAGCCACUGUGGGCUCGAUCCUGGGCUUUGAUUACUCUGUUAAACUAGGCGAUAAAAUACUAACUUAGUGAACUAAAGCUAGGCUAAGUAAACAAAACUGUAAUAAAAAAAUGUUUUAAAGUUAAUCGAUUGCCGGUUGUUAAUCUACACAGAUUUCUCUCCUGAAAACUGUUUACUGGGUGAGGAAAGAGCUUCUGCUUAUUUACAGUAAGAUUAGAGUCUUAGCGGGUAAUGCUAAUGCUGCUCCAGUAGUGCUAGCUGGGUUUAGCAGCAGGCUACCGGUUGAUAAUACUCACCUCUGAACAGGGAACUAGUUAAACUUCACUGUAACUCCUGUAUAACUCUGUACUUCAGUGGAGUGUCUUUACUGCUCCUUAAUACCUGACUGAUAGAAUUCAUACAUAAGGAGCACCGGAUUAUAAGGAGCUCUGAUGAUGAUUUUGGGAAAAAUUAAAGGAUUUUAGGUGCAGCUUAUAGUGCGAAAAAAACAAUAAUAAAUCCUGGCUGAGGCCUAUCCAUAACUCCAGUUGUUAGGUGCAGGAUUCAUCGUCUUCCUGAAUUAUAUUAAUUAAUUUUUUUAAAUGUUUAAAAUAAACUAAUUUAGAAGAGAGCUGAAGAUCCUGUUGGAAAGUGAGGAGGCUCCAGAAGAUCCUCUCUGAGAUGUCGUCGUCUGAGAAGACGGAGGACGUCUACCAGACCCUGAACCAGCCUUCAGUAGUGAAGAACCUCCACCCAGAACCCGGAUCAGAGAGGAGCAGCAAGCUGAUGAUGAUGCUGAUGAUCUUUAACUCUCUGUUAUUGAUCGCUGUAUUGAUCCUGAUCGGACUCUUUUACAGGCCGGUAUUGGAGGAGAAUAAAGGGGCGUGGCUUCUUUAUGACAAUUCUUUCUACCUUAUCUGGGAGGCGGAGGGGAACUGUACUAAAGCAGCGAACUACUGUAGCGCCAAAGCAUCCAACAUCAGACUCGCUGUACUCACACCUAAACUGAGGGACUGGAUAAUUGCUCAGGCUAAAGGAAGGAAGCUACUGGUUGCAGAGGAUGAGAGUGUGAGUGGGUGUAAACUGGUUGGAGAUCAGGUGAGCUUGGAGACGCCGUUCAUCCCUGGAGAAGAACAAGGCUGGGUGUGUGAACACCUUCACCAGGUAGAGGCUUUACAGGAAAUACCUGGCCCACCUGGACAAUUUGGGAUUCCUGACCCACCUGGACCACCUGGACGAGAUUGGUUUCCUUGCCUACCUGGACCACCUGGAACACCUGGACCACCUGGACCACCUGGACAAGAUGGGUUUCCUGGACCGCCUGGAACACCUGGAACACCUGGAACACCUGGACAAGAUGGGUUACCUGGACUACCUGGAUAA